ACUCAACUCUUUCUCCUACCUCCUCCUGUCUCUCUUCGAAAUCUUCAUCUAAUCCCACUUGUCAUCUGAAACCCUAAAACGUGGGAUUUGCUCACUGUCAAAACAGAACCGAACUUCUGCUGCAAAGAAAUAUGGCGACCAAAGAAGGAGAAGACAAGGAGGUAAAAAGGAUAGUCACCGAAGAAGACAAGACAUACGCUAAGAAUUUCAACAUAAUGGAUCUUCCCGACAUCCCUACCGGACUUCCUCCGCAUCUCCAACUCCAGCGAACUCGUGUCCUCUGCCAAAACGACGCUCCUAUUCAUACGGCGAGCGUCGGUUACUCGGGUGCCUAUAGCUCUGUGGGAGUUGACAACAGUGUGAAACUCGAAAACUUCUCUGAGAAUUUCAGAGUUAAUGUGAUCCACCUUUCAGAAGAUGGCAUGGAAUUGGAAUUUGAUAUGAUCGGUAUCGAUGCAGCAAUCGCCAAUGCCUUCAGAAGGAUCCUUCUAGCUGAGCUUCCUACAAUGGCUUUUGAAAGAGUGUUUAUAGCAAACAACACAUCUAUUGUUCAAGAUGAAGUUAUUGCUCAGAGGAUGGGUCUUGUUCCUAUUGCUGCUGACCCCAAGCUCUUCGAGUUUUUAUCUGAGAACGACCAGCCAAAUGAAAAGAACACCAUUGUUUUCAAACUCCAUGCCAAAUGUGCAAAAGGUGAAGGACGUAAGAAAGUUUUGACGAAUCAAUUGAUUUGGUUACCAAAUGGGAGUGAGUUGGUUAAAGAAUCAGGAGAUUCCAACUCAAAACCAAAAACUUACACUUCCUUCAGCCACAGCCAAAGCGAUUCCUUCCCUGAACUCGCUAAUAAUCCCAUCACUCCAAGCUAUCCUGACAUAUUGAUAGCCAAACUCGGCCCUGGCCAUGAGAUUGAGCUGGAGGCUCAUGCGGUUAAAGGCAUUGGUAAAACACAUGCAAAGUGGUCACCAGUAGCUACGGCUUGGUAUCGGAUGCUUCCUGAGGUUAUUCUACUAAGGGAAGUUGAGGAUGAGGAUGCUGAACGACUCGUAAAAGCCUGUCCACAGAAAGUUUUUGACAUUGAAGACAUAGGCAAUGGUAGGAAGAGGGCAACGGUAGCACGGCCGCGUGAUUGCACGUUGUGUAGGCAAUGCGUUAGGGAAAAUUAUGGAGAGGAAAUGAACAAGGAAGAAGAAAAAGAACAGAAACAGGAACAGAAAGAAUGGAUAGAGAAUGUGGCUCUGCGACGUGUGAAGAACCAUUUUAUUUUUAAAAUUGAGUCUACUGGAUCAUUGCCUCCGGAUAUUCUCUUCACUGAAGCUGUCAAGAUACUGGAAGAUAAAUGUCAACGUGUUAUCGCUAAUCUCUCCUAAAAAGAGAUUCUGAUUGGUUUAAGUUCAUUACUGGCAUGGUUCCGGUUUAGUUCAGUUUGGAGUUCUGUAUUGGAAAGUUUCUCAUUAAUACCAAGAACACUGAAAUGUAGUAUUUGUUCGUUUGAGUUCAUCAAUCAUCUUGCUUCAUAUAGCUUCACCAAAUUGAAACUUUGUUUUGGUUAAUUUGGUUUUCUACGCCAGUUAAGUAGAAAUAAACCAAUCAAAUAAAAGCGAUGUCAAUUUCUU